UAAACAGUCUUUUCUCUUUUCGCAUAAUGAGGGCCACUAUUGCUACUUUUAUUAUAACAUCAGCAGUUUUCUUAAAUUAUAUUGAAUUAAGUUUAUCGUCACCGUCCAAGCCUGCCCCAUUUCCUCGUUUACGGCGGCCAUUAUCCCCUAUUCAUGAAGAACCAGAAUCACCACCAAGACCAGGCUGGGCCUCAGUAGCAUUUUAUCCUGACAUAGAAGAUGUACCAGGAAUCUUUAUUCCUCGUGGUGAAAGAAUAAUUCAUAAUAAUGCUGUCAUUGGAGUCAAUUAUAAGGGUCAGAUUAUUCCAUACACGCGAGAUGAAAAGAUUAUUAUAUUGCAUAAGCGCUACAACCAAGUUGAGGUCAUUGAGGGACAUAAAUGGAAAAACUUAGCAGAUCAAUAUCGAAGGUCACAAAGUGGAAAUCGGUUGACAGAAACUGAUGAAGUUCUACGCCAGCUAAUGGCUCGUCAUGGACCAAUUAUUGCACAAGCUUAUCAUAAUUCACGCAGUGAUAGCAAUGUACUUGCUAAUCAGAAUUCACGCGUUAAUAAUAGAUCAAAUUUAAAUCAUCCCGAUACACCCAGGCCCAACUGGAGGCAAAGAAUAUUGAGAGAACCUCUUUUUGAAAGGAAAAAUCGAGUCUGAUGAUAUUCCAUUAAGGAUAACAAUAAAAAUAAAUACAAUAAAAUAUAAAA